AUGUCCCAUCAACAGCGCGACAUCAAGAAGGAGGAUGCUGCCUUGGAAGGCAUGCAUGAUACCCCAGAGGAACGCAGCAACCAGGCGCGAGGCCACAAGGCCAAUCUGAGCAAUCCAAAUACAAGUGAGAAAUCUAAGGAAAAGUCGAAGGAGGCGCUGAAGGAUCUGGGAGGGGAGGAAGCCUUCUACAGCAAGGACUCGGACAAGUAA